GUGACGCUGUUGUAGGAAGUGUUUAGCGAUGCGCGGGAGUUUAUUGUUGCUAUCAAGAGAGCUAGAGUUCAUGUUAAUUUUCUCCUUUCAUCUAAAUCAAAAAUUAAUAGCAGCACGGAGAUUUGCUUAGAAUGGCUCAUCUAAACGAAGCGGACUUACCGCCGAACCUGUCAUGUCUGAAAAGCAUAGACACCCUCCUCCGUUGUCCUAUCUGCUUUGAGUUUCUCAACAUCACCAUGAUGACCCCGUGUUCUCAUAACUUUUGUUCUCUGUGUAUACGGAAGUUUCUGUCCUACAAGUUGCUGUGUCCUGUUUGUAACUUGCCAUCAACAGAACAAGACCUGAGGAACAACAGAUUAUUAGAUGAUUUAGUUCAGAACUUCCAAGCAGCAAGGCAAAAAUUGUGCCACUCAAAUUUGGAAUCUCCGCCUAUUUCACCGGAAACCCCGGUUAUGGUGAUCAAAGGCAAAGCAGCAAGACAGAAGGGCCUCAGAAAUGAAGCAAACACCCUCAGUCAUUUUUUCCAGAAGAAGAUCCCUGUUACUCCUUCAUCAGAGGCCCAAACAAGUCGUAAGCUUCACGUGCCAGUCAAAUCAGAAUCCAUGGAGGUGUGUUUACAGCAGCUAGCACGCAAGCAAGAAAAUGUGGAGCCCACAAAUGGAGUCGGGGAAGAUGAAAAGAUGGAUAUAACUGCAUUUCCUUCCACGUCACACAAUAAACCACUGGUUAAAGUGGAGUGCCCUGUCUGUGAAGUAGGUGUUCCCGAACAGCACAUUAAUAAACAUCUGGAUAUGUGCUUGAGCAGAGAUGAUAAGAAGGAGAGAUUGAGAAGUGGUGGAAGGAGAAAGGCGAUGCCUAAGCUCUUGUACACUUUGAUUACUGUUCCAAAGCUGAAGAAGAUGCUUAAAGAGUGUCACCUGUCCGCUCAAGGCAGUAGAGAGCAGCUAGUGCGACGCCACCAGGAAUUCACCCAAAUCUAUAACUCCCAGUGUGACGCACUCAACCCCAAAUCAGCUGAAGAAAUUGCCAAAGAAGUUGAGAACAACGAGAGGUUAAAGAAUCAAAUGGAGAGUAAACGAAACCUGUAUGUAAUCGUCACUACGAAGAAUCAGACUGCUGAAGAAAUUGAGGAGUUGCACUCAGUGUACCGGAAGCAGCAUUGUGCGAAUUUUCCCCGUUUGAUUGCCCAGGUCAGAGGUCGUCUGGAGACAUCCAAGAGAGCACCGAUCAAACAGGGGGAGAAGUCUACAGAGGAAACGCACUCCAAAGGUUCACAAAACAGCAUUCAGAACACUCCCCAGCCUCUCGUUUCUGCAAUGCUGAAAAUAAAGAGUGAAGAGAUGGACAGGGUAAUUGAGCUUCCAUCAAGAUCAUCAAGCCCUACAAUCAGUGAAGUGUCAGUCAGCAGCUCCAUCUCAGAUAUUUUCUGUUGAAGACAUGGCAGCAGCUACUCAAACACAAAGAGUGAGUUCUCCCCUCCAGAAGCCCAGAGCAGCCUCUUCCGGAGAGAGGUCCCCAUUCCCAUAGGGAAGAUGUUUGAAGACCCUGGGAAGAGAUGCAACAAAAGUAUCAGAUUUUUCUAAGAUGUGUGGACUAAACCAAUCCAUUGGCAACAUAUUAUGUACAUUUUCUUUUUAGCAUUUCAUUAUAAUGUUUUCUCCAAUAAAACAA